AUGUGUGUGUAUAUAUUUGCAGAUGAUUUCUUGGAUGUAAUAGACAGAGCAGUCAAAAUUGGGGUUCAAAAGCUCAUCAUCACGGGUGGAAGUUUGCAAGACAGUAAAGGCGCCUGGCAGCUGGCCCAAACAAAUGAAAUGUUUUACAGUACUGUCGGCUGCCAUCCCACGCGCUGUGGAGAAUUCGAUCAGGGCAAUCCUGACCGGUACUUAGAGGAGUUGCAAGAUUUAGCUGAGAAGAACAAAGGGAAAGUUGUCGCAGUUGGGGAGUGUGGCUUGGACUUUGACAGAUUAGAAUUCUGCCCCAAAGACACCCAGCUCAAGUAUUUUGAAAAACAGUUUGAUCUAGCUGAGCAAACCAAAUUGCCAAUGUUUUUGCACUGUAGGAAUUCGCACCCAGAAUUCAUAGAUAUUAUGAGACGAAAUAGAGAGAGGUGUAUUGGGGGAGUGGUUCACUCUUUUGAUGGCACCAAAGAAGAAGCAGCAGCUCUAAUAGAUCUUGAUCUUUAUAUAGGGGUUAAUGGUUGUUCUCUGAAAACUGAAGCCAACCUAGACACGGUGAAGUCAAUUCCCAGUGAAAGGUUAAUGAUAGAGACAG